UGAGUAAACUUUGUCUACUGCAGAAUUGAGUCAAUGGAGAGGGGAGAACUCCGCUAAAGUGGUCAUGUUUUCACUGAACAAUCCUGUGAAAGUGAAAAUCAAAACAAAAAUGUUCCUGCUGAAAAAUCAUUAGGAAUUUCAAUUCAAAGCAAAAUCGCCGAUUCUAUGAACACAUGAUAUCAGGUUUCAUCGCUGUUUGCAAAUCUUACAUUAAAGAUUCUAUGGCAUCAGAGAUGAACUUGAUCAAUCAUCCCCAGCUAUCUUCACCAGAUGGAUUUUUUCUUUCUGAAGGUCCUAAUUUAUUUGAGGUUUGGAAAUUAAGAAAGCAGAAGAAAAACCAUAUUACAAAAUUACAAAAUUUUCAGGAACGCUACUUAAAUUGUCAAAGUGGUGUGCUCUUAAAAGACCAAUGUUCUCCUUCCUGGUAUCCUCCAGAUGUAUUAGACUACAGCUGUCAUCUUGCCCCAAUCAGCAUAGGUUUACAUCCGGAUCCAACGAUUUCUGCAGUGAAAGAUACCGAUGUGUCAUCCUACUCACAGUACAACUCUAUGCAUUUUUGCCCAAUGCAGCCUCCAAUCACUUUACCACCUUAUUAUUCAAGUUUUAGUCUUCAUCCUCAACAAUCUGAAGAAUGGCACUCCCCUGUAAUGUAUGAACUUGGAAAAAUGUCCUCUAAUAACUUACAAACCAAGGAGACAGAUCUGGUAGACAUUCCUGUAGCCAAAAAAUCUCGGAUGGAUCUACUCUCUGGAAGAACAAAAGAUAAAGAGCUGUGUGUUGUCUGUGGUGACAAGGCCUCUGGGUACCACUAUAAUGCCCUGACUUGUGAAGGCUGCAAAGGUUUCUUCAGAAGGAGUAUCACUAAAAAUGCUGAAUAUAAGUGUAAAAAUGGAGGAAACUGUGAGAUGGACAUGUAUAUGAGGAGAAAAUGUCAGAAGUGCCGUCUACAAAAGUGCAAAGCAGUAGGAAUGCUGGCAGAAUGUUUGUUAACCGAAAUCCAAUGCAAGUCAAAACGACUAAGAAAAAACACGUUACAGCCUCCAGAGGAGACUAUUAGUGAAGAUCCUGAGAGAUCUGACCUGAAGCAAGUGUCAUCUACAACUAAAUUGUAUAAGGAGAAAGUAAAAUUAAGCCCAGAACAACAAAAUCUUCUUCGUUAUAUAAUGGAUUCCUAUAAUAAACAGCGGAUUCCUCCUGAAGUUACCAAAAAGCUUUUACAAGAGGACUACAGUGCAGAAGAAAAUUUCCUUGUUUUAACAGAAAUGGCCACUAGCCAUGUUAAAAUGCUUGUGGAGUUCACUAAAAGAUUACCAGGUUUUCAAAUCCUGGAUCAUGAAGAUCAAAUUGCUUUGUUGAAAGGUUCAGCAGUAGAAGCUAUGUUCCUUAGAUCAGCUGAAAUCUUUAACAGGAAACUUCCUAGAGGACAUGUUGAUCUCUUAGAAGAAAGAAUCCGCAACAGUGGUAUCUCAGAUGAAUACAUAACGCCUAUGUUCCAUUUCUAUAAAAGUAUUGGGGAACUCAAGAUGACACAAGAAGAAUAUGCUCUGCUUACAGCAAUUGUUAUCUUAUCACCAGAUCGGCAAUACAUAAAGGAUAGAGACUCUGUUGAACGGCUUCAAGAGCCUCUGCUUGAAGUUCUGCAAACAUUCUGCAAGCUUCAUCACAUGGAUAGUCCUCAACAUUUUGCUUGUCUUCUUGGUCGCCUUACAGAAUUACGGACUUUUAACCACCAUCAUGCUGAUAUGUUGAUGUCAUGGAGAGUUAACAAUCACAAAUUCACACCUCUUCUUUGCGAAAUAUGGGAUGUGCAGUGAUAAGCCUGGUUUUUACUGGAUCAUAAACUAACUUAGCUGGGACAACAAACUUGAAUCCAUAACAUCAGUGUAUUCAUUCAGUGUUUUUGAAUUGUAAAUAUUUUCUUAAAGCACUUAAAAUAAUUGAUAGUAAAUCAUUUUCACUGAAGUUUACAUUUGUGUCUGUUUACAUAGAAUAUCUGCUAUAGUUCUUAAGUUCCUUGAAACAAAAGUGAACUAUUUGCCUGAAGCAAGUUCCUGUUAUUUCUUUUGAAAUUAAAGUAGUAUAUUACAA